AUGUCACGAGCAGCAUUCAGCAACAAAAAAAGGUGUUCAUUAGAGCAUGCACGAAUCCUAUUUCCCCUCUUGCAAGUACUUUUUACUGCACUGGAGAGACACAGAAUUAUCAUAAAUGAACUCGUCUACUAUCCAUUCUACGAGGUGCUGAAAAAGAACUUAGUGACUACGAAAUCUCGUCCCGAAGGAUUAACUGUGAACGCUGAAAGACAAGAAUGCGUAGAACAUGAGCAUCCUAUCUCUAGGAUAAAAGCAACAGCCAUAGCAAUCAUCCUAGUGAUGCUUCUGGGUGACAGCUGUACAGGUAAAACUUGUCUACUAGUACGUUACAAGGAUGGAGCAUUUCUCAGCAACAAUUUUAUUUCAACCGUAGGAAUUGAUUAUCGGAACAAAGUCAUCGAUAUAGAUAGCAAGAAAAUCAAGCUUCAGAUCUGGGACACAGCUGGGCAGGAGCGGUUUCGUUCCGUUACGACUGCUUACUAUAGAGAAGCAGAUGCUUUAUUAUUGGUAUUCGACGUAUCGAAUCGGACGAGUUUCGAAAACGUCAGGAGCUGGCUGUCUCAAGUUCGAGAACAUGGGAAGGAGUCUGUACAAGUGACACUGGUAGGAAACAAAUGCGAUCUCGGAUCAGCACGAACAGUAAAACCCGAUGAAGCGCGACAACUGGCAUCGGCCUUAUCGAACUCUAAACCGAAUUUUUCACUACCAAGUACGCUAUUACAUGACUCUGGUUUUAAAAAUAAUGAGGAUCAUGAUGUUGGUCAGCAUCCGUUCAUAAACGCCUUGUUCAAAUAUCGACAGGAGAAAAUUGUGCCGAAGUUGUCGAUGUGGCUAUGGAAGAGAAAACGUGGAACUGUUGCCAUGGAUCAUAUACUUGAAAAAAAGCACUACACGGAUCCUAUUAAAAUUUCCCUUCUUCCUGUAUUCGAUUUAUGUACGGUGCUUCUUGUUUGUCAAAUUAAAGUCCAUUUGAACACCAUUUGA